AUGGCUGGCCCUGAACUUCAACACCACAGAGAGCGUUAUCUCGAGGGAGUGGGCGCCACUGAGCUUCAUACAGUAGACAUCUGGACAUAUGGACCUGCAUCGCCGUCGACAGACCUCGGAAAAACAUGGAUCAUUUUCAUUCACGGGGGAGCAUGGCGCGAUCCUGAGGUAGAUUCGAUGUCUUUUGAGCCCGCUGUUACUGCUCUUUCAAACCUGCCUAUAAGGAGCUCAAUUGCUGGAUUCGUAUCCAUUAACUAUCGACUCUCGCCCUACCCUUCACAUUCAAAAUAUCCAAGCCCCCCCGAUGACCCUUCAAGGAAUGUGCAACAUCCCUGCCAUUUAGAAGAUGUAGGACAUGCUCUUCUUUACCUGGAUGGGAAAUAUGGAAUCGAGGACCGCUAUAUGCUUGUGGGACACAGCGCAGGCGCAACAAUGGCUUUCGGGCUUUACUUGUCGCUUCUACCAGACCGCCCUCUUCCUCGGCCUGCAUGUGUGCUUGGUAUUGCUGGAAUAUACGAUUUUGAUGCAUUUGUGGAAGCGCACAAAAGUAUACCCGUCUACCAGCAGUUUAUGGAGAGUGCGUUCCCUGAAAGAAGCGCAUGGCAUCAGGUCUCGCCCUCGACAGGGCUCACUGGAUAUGAUCCUCUUUGGGAACGUGCGAAAAUCAUCGUCAUAUCAAACUCUGACGAAGACCAGCUAGUCGAAAAGGAACAGGACUCGUAUAUGCUGAAACGAGUCAAAAGCCGACUUGACGGCCACCAGCAGAUCCACAGUCUAGCAGCUUCUGGUGGCCAUAAUGAAAUUUGGCAGAGUGGUCAUAUAUUGGCUGGUCUCAUAGUUCAAUCUAUGCAAUGGCUUCAGUCUUUGUCAGGUCCUAGGAGCUAA